GUGACAACGGUCGGUGUUUUUGGUUGGUUGCUUGUUUUGUAUCUGCUGUUCCGGGACCUGCUGGGAAGGCAGAGAAGGAACUGUACUGUGGAGAAGCCUCUGCCGGCAUCUACACAUUUCAAAUGGAAACAUCUAGAAACGUCUUUCUACAAAAGGACCUUGCCAAGCCUUUCCUGAAUCUGCAGUGGUCUGUAGUUUUUUGAAACACACCAAACAACUAUACUUGGGGAGGAGACUCUCAUCAUGGAAACUUUGUCCUUCCCCAGAUACAGUGCAGCUGAGAUUGUGGAUCAUAUCCGCAAUAAAUUACUAACAGGAGCCGAUGGCAAGAACUUCUCCAAGAAUGAUCUUCAUCCAAUCCCUAAGCCUGAAGUCUUGUACACAAUCUACAUGAGAGCCUUGCAAAUAGUGUAUGCGAUGCGGUUGGAGGCCUUCUACAUGAUCCCGGUGAACAUAGAAGUCAUGUAUCCACACUUAAUGGAGAACUUUUUACCAGUCAUCAAUUUAUUAGUUCAUCUGGACUCCUUUAUGCCCAUCUGCCGAGUGAACGACUUUGAGAUCACUGAUAUUCUGUGUCCAAAAGCAAAACGGACAGUUCGGUUUUUAAGUGGCAUUAUCAACUUUAUCCACUUCAGAGAAGCAUGCCGGGAGACGUAUUCAGAAUUUCUUUUGAAAAAUAAAUCCUCUAUGGACAAAAUGCAGCAGCUGAACAGUGUGAACCAGGAAGCCAUGAUGAAGAUGGAGAAACUCAAUUCGGUUCCAGUUGAAGAACAAGAAGAGUUCAAGCAGUAUAUGGAUGACAUUCAGGAGCUGCAGCACUUGCUGAACCAGGAGUUUAGGCAGAAAGCGACAGGGCUGCAGGAGGGGCAUGCCCAAAAGAAAUCAGAUAUUUCAGAGAAAACCAAGCGUUUGAAUGAACUAAAGUUGUCAAUGGUUUCUUUGAAAGAAGCCCAAGACAGCUUGAAGAGUAAAAUUGCGGACUCCCCCAAGAAGGUAGAGAUCUGUAAAGAGAAGAUGAAAGGCACUGUCCAGAAGCUCCGGAACUCCCGGCAAGAAGUGAUGGAGAAGACUGAAGUCUAUAGAGAUUCUGUGGAAUGCUUGCCUUCCUGUCAGCUGGAGGUGCAGUUAUAUCAAAAGAAAAUACAGGACCUUGCAGAUAAUAGGGAAAAGCUAAGCAGUACCUUAAAGGAGAACCUAAACUUGGAGGACCAGAUUGAAAGUGAUUCAUCAGAACUAAAGAAGCUGAAGACUGAAGAAAAUUCCCUCAAAAGGCUGCUGAUUGUCAAGAAGGAGAAGCUGGCCACCACGCGCUUCCGAAUCAACAAGAAGCAGGAGGACGUGAAGCAGUACAAGCAGACAGUAAUCGAAGACUGCAAUAAAGUUCAAGAUAAAAGAGGUGCUGUCUGUGAGCAAGUAACCACCAUUACUCUGGAAAUCCAGAAGAUUAAAUCUGGGGUUCAGCAGCUGAAAGAUAGUACGAAAAGGGAGAAACUGAAGUCUCAGGAAAUCUUUGUAAACUUGAAAAGUGCUCUGGAGAAGUACCAUGAGGGCAUUGAGGCGACAACAAAGGAGUAUUGCUCUAGAAUAGAAGAGAAGAUGGCCGAGCUGAAGAAGAGGAUGUUCAGAGUGCCGCCCUCGUCAGCACAGGCAGUCCUCCCAUAAAUGGCUGGCUGGCUGCCUUUUCGUCUCUGUUUACGUCGUUAUUGUGAAGUUAUUACGUAGUUAUUAUGUAGA